AGUUAGAAAACAGGGAAGCAAAGAUUUAGCAAAAGUGUUUGAGAAAUCGUUUCCUCUAUCUUUUGCAUGCUCCUUCUCUGCUUCCACAUAUUUUUCUCCUCAACAGUGGGUUGGACAACAUUUGAAACAAUAUGGCUGAAAGUCUCUCUGCUGGAUGCAUUGCUCUUAGACAUAGACAUCAACAGAGAAGACGUAUGCUCUUAGACAUCCACAGAAGAGGCUGAGCUCUUAAACAUCUACAGAGGAGGCGUAUGCUCUUAGACAUACACAGAGGAAGCUGUGCUCUUAAACAUCUACAGACAUCCAUAGAGGAGGUAGUGAUUUGUCAUUCCUAACUAUCACCCUCAUCCGAGGACUUACCCUUUCUUGAAGACUUCAGUAGAAUCUCCUCUCUUCAGUUAUGAUAGCAGACUGUGUAUGCUGUGUAAUGUACUGGGUGUUUGAUAUGACUAAUAUGAGCCUGCGUCUGCCUGAGGAGUCACUUCUGCAGCCAACAUGGGAUAUUAUCCAAGAUCACUACCAGACUAGCAUCCGCUCUCCUCUCUUUCCAGUCUUCCUCUCGGUCUCCACCUACCUCCUCCUGGUAGCACUAUAUACCACUCUGGACCUGCUGGCUCCUUCAUGUCCCAAGAUCAACCAGUACCGCAUCCACCAAGAGCGUCAUGUGGUGUGGUCCAACAUCUGGGGGACACUUUGCCUCACGACCUAUAACCAUUUGGUUUUUAUUUUUCCAGCAGCAGUGGCACAGUGGCUGUGGCGUCCGCCCAUCCCACUACCCCAAAAGGCACCUACACUCACUGCUUUCCUAGUGGGAAUUCUGGGAUGUACAGUAGUCUUUGACUUUCAGUACUACCUUUGGCACAUGCUACAUCACCGCAUAGGCUGGCUCUACCGCACCUUUCACGCUGUGCACCAUGAAUACAACGAGCCAUUUAGUCUGGUCACACAGUAUCUGUCCGGCUGGGAGCUUUUCAGUGUUGGCUUUUGGACUACAGUAAACCCUUUACUUCUCCAGUGCCAUUGUUUGACUACCUGGGCCUUCAUGGUUUUUAAUGUGUGGGUGUCCACGGAGGAUCAUUGUGGAUAUGUCUUCCCUUGGGCCAUGCAUAACCUGGUGCCAUUUGGGUUGUGGGGAGGGGUACUGAAGCAUGAUGCCCAUCACCAAAAGCCUGGCACAAACUUUGCUCCCUUCUUUUCCCACUGGGACUGGCUGGGGGGUACAGCAUGUUUGCCUUCCCCUACAGUGCUAAUCAACAACAAGAAGAACAAAGGAACUUGAGUGGAAGCACCACUUUAAGUCAUCACAUUAGUUUCUUUCCCCCCAUAAAUACAUAUAGGAUGCUUUUUGGAUGCCUGUGUUUCCUCUUGUUAUUAUUUUCUAUCUAAUGUUUGAGACAAUGCAUUCCCUUUAAUAACAUUUGCAUACCUUUUUAACAGCCUGUUCAGCAGAUUUCAGAUGUCAGGUGCUCAGGCUAUUCAAUGCUUCUGAAUUUAAGUUUUUCUGGUUAAAGUUGUGAGAGAUUUGAUUUGCACCAGCUACUCUCCCCUGUACUUGUGUUCUAUAGUGUAAUUAUAAAAUAGAUUAAUCUGUUUUAUACCAAAUCCGGCAGAGUUGUCCAAAUGCAUCUAUUGUAUUGCAUAAGUACUACGAGUAUUAUGCAUAGGAUGAUAAUGUGCAUAGUUGCUACGAAGAUUUAUAACAAUUUUUAACGUUAUGCAUCAAGCUGAAUAAAACACUCAUUCCUU